AAUCAUGACCUUUUCUAGAAUAUGGACGUCUUGUCAAAUUUAGUUCAAAUUGUCGGCGCGGGACUUCUUUCGUGACCCAUAAAGUCAAAAUAAUUCAAAAUAAAAUGUCAAAUCUUAACAUGAAAUCAAAAGAAAAUGGGUUAAUGGCUGUGAAUAUACUUUCUAUCAAAUAAAUUUUUACACAUUGCUUUGAAUAAUAAAUUUAUCGAAUAUUGAUCUAUAUAAAAUGGAUGACGAUAAGUACGCUUUAGUUGAAAAAAUCGUGAAAGACAUGCACAAUGUACUUUCGAAAACAACUGAGUUGUAUGCUUUCGAUAUAGUCCCUGUGGACUCAAAUUUUAGAAAUAAAUCGCCUGUACUCAGCGCAGAAAAUUGUCUGGGACUGGAGUCAUGGUGUGUGAAACACGUAUACAUGUAUUGCUAUUCUGAAAUUAAGGAAAAAUAUGGUAUGAUGUCUCAGCGUAAAUAUAAAAGAAUUACCACACUGGAUUUUGAACGCCUUGUAAAAUUGUUAAAUGUUACACUACUCAUCAAUCCUGAUAUAACAACUCUAUGGAAUAAGAGAAGAGAAAUUGUUCAACUUCUUUCACUGGAUAAAGUAUCAGAAUUACAAUUUUCAAGAUUGGUUUUAUCAAGAAAACCUAAAUGUAAUGAUGCCUUCGCCUAUAGAAGAUGGCUUUUGGGUUCAAUUUUACAAAGUGAUAAUUUACAGACAAAUGAAUUAGAAAACUUAAUAAAUUCAGAGCUGAGAAUAUGUGAUGAAACUUCAGACAAGAGCCCUAACAAUUAUCACAGUUGGAGUCACAGACUUUCUAUAGUAGAUAACAUGAAGAAUGUUCUGAAGCAUUAUGAUAUGAACUCAUUGUACAUAAAAGAGUAUAUAUUUUCUGAAAAAUGUAUUUCCAACCAUGUAUCAGAUUACAGCUGUUUCCAUUACCGUCAAUUUUGUAUAAGAAAUAUUUUUAAUUUGGAUAACUCAUCAUGGAAAUCAUUUGAAAAUACAAUAGAUAUUAAUUUAAGAAAGGUUUUUGUAAGAUUAGUAGCUAAUAAUUUACCUAAAGAUGGGACAGUUCAAGCUACUGAAGACAAUCUAGUUUCAUAUACAGAAGAAAACUUAAUUAAUUUGCUUUUCUCAUAUAAUGUAAAGAAUUGUAAUUGCACUGUAAAUAACUUAGCAUUAUGCAGAAAGUUGGAGGUUGUUUGCCACGAAUUGGUUCUUAAUAAUGAGCUUAUAAGAUUUUAUCAUAGCCAUGAGACAUUAUGGUAUCAUAGACGUUUUAUAUUGCAUGAGUUAAUCGCAAUGAUGUAUGAUCAUUUUAGUUUGUUUAGAAAUAAUGGAAUUCUUGUGAAGAAAAAUUGUAAGCAUUGCAGUUUAAAUGACAUGAGGCAAAAACAGGCAAAGAUAUCUCGAUAUGACAGUAAUUGUAUAUACAAUAGUGUACUUUUUCAAGUGAUUUUAAUACAUGAAAAUAAUUUUAUUGAAGAAAGACAGACUGAUGGUGAUAAUUAUGCUGGAAGACAUGAAAAAUAUUUAAAAUUUGUAGAAGGUCUUAAUAAUGUUAUGUAAAUUUACAUAUGAUUAUAAUACCAUGAAUGAAAUCGCAAUGUUUAAGAAUUUGUUAUAUUUUAAUAUGAAGAUAUACACAUCUUUGACACUAUGCUAAAUAACUAUAAUGAAAGUUACUGUUAAAAAUGGGUUUUAUAUUUUAUGGCCGUAUUAAUGUUUUGAUUUUUUUAUUUGACGAUUAUUUUGAAAGUAAUUGAGAUAUAUAAGAUAUACACAUCUUUGACACUAUGCUAAAUAACUAUAAUGAAAGUUACUAUUAAAAAUGGGUUUUAUAUUUUAUGGCCGUAUUAAUGUUUUGAUUUUUUUAUUUGACGAUUAUUUUGAAAGUAAUUGAGGCUAUUAGAAAAUUUAUGAAAAUUUUACUUCAUUUUAAGGAAUAAUUAAUAAUUAUUUUCUUUAUUUAUUUUUUUGUUUUUCUUUAUAUUUUAUGUCAUAGUCGUCAAAAGAGUUUAUUCACUAUCUGCAUCUAAAGAUUACUUCGGAAUCAGCAUGAAGCCACCACUAUAUGUAAUUUUUAUUUCUUAUUUUAGAAAUGCUAGAGACAUCUAGUUUAAGAUAAGGUAAAUUUUGAAAUAAAUUAUAGUAUAAUGUUUUGUAUUUUGUGAGUAUAUUGCUCAUAAAUAAAUAUGGUCUCUUUAUUA